AUGUGACUACAAACUCCAGCCAGCUCUCCUUACUUGCCCAGCCCACUAACACUCAGCUGACACAGAGAAGGACAGCCGGUCCUCCAAGACAGCACAUAAGGAAGAAGACAGUUGGUCAUGAAAACGUUUAUUAUCGGAAUUGGAGGCGUGACAAAUGGAGGGAAAACAACCCUUGCAAAGAAACUCCUGCAGUCGCUUCCUAACUGCAGCCUUAUCUCCCAGGACGACUAUUUUAAGCCUGAAGCAGAAGUCGAGACUGAUGAAAGAGGAUUCAAACAAUAUGAUGUUCUUGAGGCUUUGAACAUGGAUGCAAUGAUGACCAGUGUACAUUCUUGGAUACGUCAUAGUAAGGAUGUUGAGUUCUCCGAGGAAAAAAUCAAAACCGAGAGCCAAUUUGAAAACAUAAUAAACUUUUUAGUAAUUGAGGGAUUUCUCCUAUAUCAUUACAUGCCAUUGAACGAUGUGUUUAAUAGAAGAUACUUUCUGACAGUUUCAUAUGAAGAAUGCAAGAAGAGAAGAAGCACCCGGGUUUAUGAACCCCCUGACCCUCCUGGCUAUUUUGAUGGACAUGUGUGGCCUAUGUAUCUUAAACACAAGAAACAAAUGGAACGAGUUGUGAGAGAAAUUGUUUACUUAGAUGGUACCAAGUUGGAAGAUGACAUUUUUUCUUAUGUUUAUGGUGAUAUAAGAACAGCUGCUCAGCAAUUGACUACUUAAGAUCGCUUGAAGGCCUUAUCAUCUAUGCAUAGUGUCACAGGAGAGAGCACAGUGAACCUUGAGUGCUUUCAGACUUAAAUUAAGUCUUUAGUCAAAGUUCCUACUUUUUAUUGGGCCAGCAAAGAAAAAGAUGUACAAAGUUUUCAGGACCUCAAAGAUCCGUUCAUCAGAUUUUCUUAUACAGAUUUAAAUAUAACAUUGGUCCUCA